CUGGAGCCCCAUUGGAAGGCUCAAGGCAGGGGUAUCGGCGUGGACGGCCACUUCCUGUCCUGCGUCAACUGCGCGGGCGACGCUUCGCUCGCUGCGACGUCCAUGGAGCGCAUGGGGGGGAUGAUCGCGGACGUUGUGGCCGAGCUCGAGGAGAUUGGUCUUGGCGCAGGGCCGGAGAAGACGCGCUGGACCAGCGCCCCGCCCAGGGCCGGCCAGCCGCCGCGCGUGAUGGGCGAGGUUUCCCUGGGGCCGAUCGCCUGGGCGCCGACGCAGAGCCAUUGGCAUCGCAUCGCGAGCUGGGGCGCUAGGCAAGCGGCCGAGGUGCUGAGGCCCCGCGGGGCGCCAUGGCAGUCGAUCGACCAGCGGUGGCGGUUCUUCCACAAGAUGGGGCACAGGGCGAUCGACGGGCAUCGCGUCGAUCUCGUGCAGCAGUGCCGCCAGAGAGUCCACAGCUGGGCGGGUCAUGUUGCUAGGCUGCCACUGGGCGAGCCCGCCGCUAGAGCUCUCCGCUGCCGCGGCAUGCAGUGGUGGAGGUGGCGGCAGGCGCAGCGCGCAGCCACGAGAGACACGCGGUCUGGGCCGCGCCCCCGGCGCUUCAAGAUCAUGCGCUUGGAAGAGCAGAUCUCGGAAGUCUACGGCGAAGGCUUCUCCGAGGACGUCUGCGCGAACGCCGGCUGGCUCGCCGGGGCGCUCGACCGGGCGGGCUGGAAGAAGCUCGGCGUGAAGAACU